AUGAGCCCCAUUGAGUUACCCUCCUUCAAAGGAGGGCAAUCGCAUGACUAUCCAAACACGACGAAAGGCAACCCGAUACAAGGGAGACGAAUCCCACCUUCCCCUCUGCAGCCACAGCCAGCCGCCCCAUUAUGUCCAGUCAGACUGUCGGGCGCCGCUAUCGAAUUGCUUCUAUGGCGGCGCGUUUCCGCAUUGCCUGACUUGAAAACUUUGGAAAACCAAAGCGCAGGGUGUCCGGGGACUUUCUCCCAAAGCAAGAGUAGAAAAGAAGAGACUUCUUUUGUGCGUAAGCUUUGA